AUAGGCGUAUUUUAUUGAAUUUUUAAAUGUUAAACCAUGAAAAACCAUUCCCUUAUUGUAGUUCUAUGCCCUUUUAUAAUUUUCAACACGAAAUAUAUAAAAAAUUGCGUACAUUCGAUACUAUAUGCAAUAAUUAUUCAUCUCAAGCCCUCAUUCACCAGAGUGCUUGCACGACGCAAAGGAGCGCCAUUUUCUUAACCUUAAGGCGGGGAUAUGUGAAUUUGUUAUUAAAUAUGUGUCCCUUCAUGAAUGUUGGAUAUUUUAGUCCAGAACGUCAACGGUUGUCGUAAAGAUAACAAGAAUCAAAGUAAAUUCGUUAUGGAAAAUGGUCCAAAGGACCCUUUUUUAGAAGCAUGGGUGUCAGAGCACACAAAAAAUGGAGUAGUGGCCCCUGUAACAACAAAAUUCCCUGGCGGGAAUGAUGCUACUAAUCAACUAGAGAAGUUAGAUUAUGAAGUUCCAAAAGUUAAUGGGGAUAGCACCAGAAUUAGUAAUAUAGAAGAGAAUUCUUAUAGUUCAGAAAGUGACGCUUUAGUAAUUAAUGAAAGUGAUAACAGGCAAGAAAGUAGUAAAACUGAGUUAUACAAAAAUUUGACAUUAAAUAAUAGUGAAAAAGACAUUUUGAACAAUGUUAGUGAAACAGUGACUCAUUCUAAUCCAUACUUUAAUGAAUCUCUGUUUGAAUUAUCACAACUGCACCAAAGCAGCCAGGAGGAGGAAUUAGUAGUUAAUACUAAAGACAACAAAUGUGAAAAAAGUGUUAAAAAGUUAAAAAAGAAACUUAAACCAAAACAAAGAAUAACAGAGUAUGCUCAAUAUUUAGGUUUACAACCUUCUGUUCAGUUUAAGUGCUUUAAGUGUAAUAGGGCAGGUUUUGAAUCAUUACCAAGUUUACAGGAACAUUUAGUUCAGUGUGAUGAAGAAAAUGUUCAGGAAGUGUCACAGGAUAAUAAUUAUUCUGGUUUUAAGUUAACAAGGAAAGUGUUUUUGUGUUCUGCAUGUGGUACAUACUAUGAAAAUUGGAAUUUGUACAUACAUAUGCUGGAGUUCCACAAAAGAUUUAUAUGUUUAUACUGUUUAGGAAUGUUUUCAAUUUUAGAAGAUCUGUGUCAACAUAUUCAGUCUAGACAUAAUCUCGAACCUGGUUACAAAAAUACACUUGAUGAAUUUUUUAAUGUUUAUAAUGAACCUUGCUAUUUAGCUUGUUGUGAAUGUGACAAACUCUUUAGUGAACAAGACAAUUUUUUCUAUCAUAAUUGUACUGGUAAGAAUAAAUUUAAAAAGCAACCAGUCAAACAGUUGAUAACCCCUGAAAACCACGUAACAGGAGAAUCUGAGACAAUUAUUGAGAAUAUAGAAGAAGAAACUGAAAAUUCAGAAAAUACACAAGUUAUGGAAAACUGUAAUAUGCAAGAAAAUACUACAGACAUCAUUGAAAAUGAAAAAUACAAAGAUGACGACGUUCCUAAGAUAGAUACGAAUAUAAAAAACGAAGAAAUAGAUGAAAAUAGUUACUCUUCAAAAGAAAAUAAUACAUCUGAUAAAAUGUUUAAAGAACAGAACGAUUUUUUAGAAAACUUAAAUCAUAAUGAUGAUCAUAACGAUGAAAUUCAUAGUCCUGAUUUGACUAUAGAUCAUGAAAAUACUAAUAAUUGUAAUGACAAUUAUGAUACUUCAAGCAACAAAUCAAAUGAUCAAAAUUCUUUUAAUGAAAAUCAAGCAGACGAAGAGGAUGAUACCAUUAAAGAAGAACCUGAAGAAUAUAAAGAAGAUACUCGAAAAGUUCCGAAGCUAUCACUUAAAUUGCCAAAAUUUGACGCUUAUGAAGCAGAUCCCGAAGACAGCAAUGAUAGUGAAAAGCUUACUAUGGAAGUAGAUCAAAUAGAAAGUGAAUAUGAAAAUGAUAUGGAAAACGGGGACGAACAUCACUCUACUAAAGACCAAGACCAAGAUAUUGAUGAAGUUAAAGAGGAACCGAAAGAAUCAGAACAAGAAGAACCUGCUAAUAAACCAACACCACAAUUCGUUGUUGCCGGGCCAGAUACUGCAAUUAUAGAGUUACAAUUAGAACAGCCAUUAGAUAAGUUUGAUCCUCGAGUUUUGUUGCAGAAGUGCUUGAAAAUGACUGCACCUACUUGUAUAUAUUGUAAUCACGCACGAAAGAUCUCUGUUAAUGGGAAGCAGUUGGGAUUGCAUUGUAUAGCAGAGCAUAGGUUUUCAGCUAUAGUCAAUAGCAUUACUGCCGAAGAACUGAUACCCCAAAAUUUUGUAAAUAGGAUAACGGAGAGUUUGGAAGAGCUAUCUUCAGCAUUCUUCAGCUUAGAAUCCAGUUUUAGUGAUGAAGCAAUAACAUUCUCCCAUGGCUUUGAAUGUUUCCAAUGCCAUUUCAGCACGACAGUUCACAAAGAACAUUAUCUUCACAAUCGAAGAUUCCAUUCAAAAAGUCUGUUACUUUGUAUAAUGUGUAAAUCAAACUUCUAUACUUACAGUGAACUAGUGUGCCACUUGUGUCCUGGCGUGUACAUUUUAGACUAUGAAUUAAAAUUUAAGUGUUGUAUGUGUGUGCAUGAUGAUCUGCCUAGUUCUUUUCGAUUGAUGGUACAUCUUAGGAAGAAACAUAAUGUUUGUGAUGUGUGCUUGGACAGCUGUCAUACUCAGCAUCGAUUGUCAAAUCAUGUAUGGAAGCAUAAGUUACAUCAUUUCUGUUACAGGUGUGCAAUUGCAUAUAGAAAUAAAUCAGAUAUUCAAAGGCAUCUCUUCUGGAAACACGGCACAGAGAGCGUCCAGUGCAAAAAAUGUCUACAGAGGAAAUGGCGUCAUGUCUACCACUUCUGUGUUCCCCCUGCUAGUUUCAGUUGUGAUGAAUGUGCAUUGUCACUUCGAAGUGCAGUUGCGCUUAAAGUGCAUAAACGGUUGCAUACCGAUGAAAAGAAACAUUCUUGUACAUUUGAAGGCUGUGAAGAAAAGUUUAUAUCGAAAAAAUUAUUAGAGAAGCACAUGAAGAGGCAUUUAGAGCCACCGGAAGAGCCUAAAGUAGAACAGAAGGAGCCCAUAGCUGAAGAAAUAAAGGAAGAGGUUGAUAACAAUGAGGCGGAGCCCAAAAAAGAAGAAGAAAAAGUGGAAGAAAAACCCAAACAGAAAAUUGACGUAUUAGAAGAUCUCCCUGCUCUUAAUCUUUCAGAAAGUGACAGUAGCAGUGAUUCUGAAGCGGAAACAGAACCUCCGAUUAAACCAGAAACAAAACCAAUUUCUGUGACCGAGCUUGAGCCUCCCGGAGAUUUACCUCCUUUAGACAUAUUACAACAAGACAAAACAAGUUCUGACUUUCCCGUGGAAGAAAUUUCAAAUAUAGUUAUGCAGAACAUUUGGGAUAACUUCAAGAAUUACCAGCAGCAACAGCAUAAGUUGGACACCAUGUUUGGCGAUCAAGAGAAAAUGGAAGAUAUUGUAGAUAGUUAUGUUGAAAAGUCUGAUAGUUUUAUUAUAGAUAUUAUAAUGAGAGAUCACAAUUAUUGUGCUAAACUUGAGGACGUCCCUAAGGAUACAACAAUAGUUGAAGUUAAACCUGCUCUUAAUGAAAGUGUAGACCAUGACUACUGCUUUGUAAAACCAGAAAUAGAAGAAGAAAAAGUGGAACCAAUACCUGAACAACCGGUGGAACCCCCAAAGGUAGAAGUAAAAGAAGAUAAAAAACCUGGCAGCUCCUCGAGUAGUAGUAGCAGUGAUUCGGACUCAUCUAGUUGUUCGUGUGGUUCGAAUUGUAGCUGUAGUUCAAGUUCAGGUAGCUCCAGUUCAUCGUCAGAUAGCUCUAGUUCUGAAAGUUCUUCCGAAGAAGGUAAAAAAAGGCAGUUGGCGAAGAAGCAAAAGAGGAAAGAGAGAGCGAAGAAACUGAAAGAACAGCAAGAAAAAGCUACCAAAGUUGAUGUGGUAACGGAUUCUGCUCCCGUAAUUAUUGAAACCCCUAUCCGAGAAUCAGACUUGGAAACGACAGAAAGUGAUACGGAUGAAGAAUUCUAUGACAUCGCUCCACACUUGCUGGCCAAAAAGAUUCUCGAAGAGAAACGCCAACAACUUCUCGAAUUAAUGGGUCCAAAUAAUGUUCCAAAUGGCUCGUUUAUAGAAAGCACAAGCAGACCACCCACGCCACCUCCGGAAGUCGUAGAACAGGAACAGGAAGAAAAAAGGAAGAAGAAAUCAAAAUCGAAAAAGAAAAAAAAGAGGAAGGCCGAGAAGAAACCAAUAGAAGUUGGUGAAGAAAUUACAAAUAAUAUUAUCUCACCAGAUAUACCCAUUCCACCAUAUUACCAACAAUUCCAUCAGCAGAUCCAACAGCAACAGGAGCUGCAACAACAGCAAGAAGAACAACAGCAAAUCCAACCGCAGCCGCUCACUGUAGCCCCAAUUACCUUAACAAUUCCUAAAACUUCUCCAAUAUCUAGUCCUUCAGCUUCAGUAUCUACGCCAGUUCAAACAGCACCUUACUCUAAAGUACAAACUGAGUCUCUGUAUAGCAGGAGAGAUUCGUCUGAGUCUAGUUUGAGGGCGUCAAAACGUCGUAGGGUACCCAAUAAAUUCUAUGGAUAUUCUAGCGACGAAGAACAAGAUAAGCCGGCACCAAAAUGGCGUAAAACUGAUACACCUCAAACUCCACGAUCACCUUUAGUAGUUCCUCCAAUAACGAUAAGGGCUCAGCCAACCCCUCCUCCCCCCCAACCGACUAUAGAACCUAUUUCGAUUCGGACGGGAACUCACCUCAGCGAUUUUAGGGUGCAACGACCAAGGCCAAAGCCGAGUAUACCGCCAAUUCGACUGCUGGGUACCCGGCAUCUUGGAGGAGAUGGAGACAGUGAGAGCGAUUCUAACGAUUCUAGUUCCGAAGAGCCUAGUGUGACGCCCAAACCUGCGCAGCCACAACUCUACUGUUACUGCCAAUGUCCAUACGAUGAGGUAUCGGAGAUGAUCGGCUGUGAUGCUACCGAUUGUGAAAUCGAAUGGUUCCAUUUCGAAUGCGUCGGAAUCAUGGUUCCGCCCAAAGGACAAUGGUUUUGUCCUGAUUGCAGAAAGAAGAAAGCGAGAAGAGAGUUAAUGGCUAACAUGAAAAAUAAUUAAAUUAAUAGAAACAAACUUGGUGUUUAGUGACUAAAAGUGCGAAAAGAGAUGUGACGUGCUUCGCGGUUUUGGACACUUAUUGAAUUUUGACUAUUAUAGGUAUUAAUAUUCUCUCAUUGAUUUGUUUAGAUGAACGGUAUUGGCAGUUCAAAUGCUGAAAGUAUUCAUAAAAAAGAUAAUUUAUGUCCACAAGUACAAAAAAUACUAAUAAUGCCAAUAAUAUUUAUUGUAUGUCAUUUAAAUUUGUCUCGAGCUGGAAUAUUUUUGUUAAUAUAAUAUAGAUCUGGAUCAUUUAAAUUGUUCUUUUAAUUCAGUAUUUACAUUUAAUUUAGUGGCUGUAAUAUGAAGCAAUGGUGAUAUAUAUUUGUAAAUAUAUGAUGAGUGGUAAAAUUUAUGCGUUUGGGAAUUAAUUAAAAAACUGACUGCAUUGAAACUUUGAUCCAUUAAAUAUUAAUUUCAACAAACCCUAUGAUUUUUUUAACAAGAGGAAUUGCUGUUGUUUGGCAUGGUAUAAUUUUUCCCACAAGUGGUUUGAAUAUUAAAAAAAUCGUUUGUAACUUAAGUACAUGAUGUAGAUAAUCCUACCACUUUGGUCUUCUGUACGUACCAUUAACCAUUUGAUACCAAACAAAAUGGUACCAUGGAAUUGUGCUAUCUAUUCGAUGCAAGCUUCCAUUUUUUUGUAGUCAUUUGUCUAUUCUUAGUAUAUGGUUUUGAUAUUGUUAUGUUCGAUAUUAAAUCUGAAAGUAAACUGGA